ACUUCAUGAAGUGCUUUUAUGCAAAUAUCUGUUUCUCUCAUGAAGAAUAUGAUCUUAGCAAUAAGUAACAAUCAGUAUUACUUACAGGUAGAUAUAGCAGUCUCAGCCCUGCAAGGUGUUCAGCGCUAUGCAGACGAUGUCCUUUUAUGUAUAGGAGUACAAGUUGAAGUACUUAAAUAUAAUAUGAAAAGCCUUUUUUUAAUGUACUACUAGCCCUGCAAACAAGGGAGAAAUGGAAAUCUUAUGAGAAAACCUGAUCAAAUGAAGCUUAGAGAUCUAAGGGGAUCAGGCAAAGCUGGAUAAAACAAAUCAUAGAGAUACUACGCUUCUUGCACUCUAACAAAUGUUCAUUUAUUCAGCCCCCCAGUAAGCUGUCACAGAUUUGAAAGUUCUGGUGACAGGAGGUGGAGGGACAAAGAGAGGGAAUCCAGACAACCGCCCUUCAGGAUUUGUGAGAUUUUCCAAGAAACUCUAUUUGGGGAGUGACUGUCCUAUCAGAGGCCUAAAAAACUUGUGAGAGCUACUAUAUGAGCAGACAGCAGAGCCUCUAGCCAUUAUAGGGGGAGCAAAGAGGUUACUGAAAGAAAUGGCUGAUAUUGAAGAAAGUAUUUAGCAUGAGGAAUCUUUAGCUCUAUUUUGUUCAGCUUCUCCACAUAAUUUCUCUUGAUAUUCUUUGUGUUCCAGCAGAGUCUAUCUAAAGCUUUGUGAUCUCACAGCUACAUUGCUCUUCAUCCACAUUUGUUGCUAGAAAGAAUGUGCAUGUAUUCAAGAAAUCCUACAAUGAAAUUUCCAGUUCUGAUGGUCCUGGUGACUCUCUUCAAUAUUUUCCUAUGCCAGGAUUUAUCAAAUACUGUAGAGGUUGGUCUUCUGCAGGAGUUCAGAUUGUCCAAAGCAUCGGAUCUAAACACAGUUGAAGGAUCAAACUCAGAUUUUUUAGUUUACCACAUUAAUUCUACCAUACAGCUCAGGAAAAACACCAGUGGUGUUCAUCCGGAUUGCUUGCCUUCAGAAUAUUCCAUCAUUGCUAUGUUUAAGAUGCCAGAAGACACUCCACAAAAUGUGCAGAAUUUAUGGCAUGUUAGUGAUUCUGAUGGCAAAAACAGAGUUGGUAUUCGCUUCUUGGGAGACAAAAAAUCUCUGGAUUUCUUUCAUGCCACUCCAUUCGAAACACUCAUGUUCAGGACAUUCAGUAAUGUGGACAAGGCUUUUGAUGGUUCUUGGCACAAGUUAGCAUUAAGUGUGAAAGGCAAUGAUGCAAAAUUAUUGAUUGACUGUCAGGAGGUCAGUGCAGUUCCAGGAAAUGAACAUAGCGGUGUUUAUGGAAAUGGAUACACUUUGCUGGUAAAAAGAUCAGUUGAAGAGUCUCCUGUUUUGGUGGAUUUAAAAUAACUUGAAAUGCACUGUGACGCAGAUAAAGCUUACUCAGAAGGCUGCUGUGAGCUUUUGGAUAUUUGCGGAGCAAGCGCUCAACAGGGUCUUACUGGAAACACAGCAUGUAAAUGUGCCCAUGGGAG